GUCGCGCUCGUGUUGGUAAGGCUGUUUCCCCGUGCCUGUAAAAGCCACGCGUGAGAAACCGCGUGGUGUUUUAAUGCCGUCCAGCUGAUAUAAGCCGGACACCCACACCCCGUGAACAGGAGCGCCCUCCACUACUCUGAUCCAGGCGCAGAGAAGCCACAGACAUGAAGGGCCACGGCGGCGGGUGGCAGGACGGUCGGCUCAGACAAAGAGUUGAGCAGUAUCUGGGCUCCAGCAGCAGUGAGUAUGUGGAUCUGUCAGCCAUGGCCCUGGACCUUCAGAAACUCUACAGGAUGGACUAUGGCAGAAGAAACAAGACAGCGUUCAGGAUCCAGGUAGAGAAAGUGUAUGAAGCAGUCAUGAAGGAUUCUGGGCUGAACGAGCUGGAGAGCAAACACCUGGCUAAGAGAGCCAAGCACGGCCACCGUGACACUGGUGACGAGAGUGGGAGCAGCAGCUCAGAGGAGGCUUCUGACAGUAAUGAGAACAUUCCCACAAACCAAAUGAACAGCUCUCUAUCGUCUCUGUACCGAAGAGGGAGCGCUGCCACCAGCAGUCCUCGCAGCACAGCCACUCCUCCGCCUUCAGCCUCAGCGACCCUGGUCUCCAAAGGAGGCUGGUUCAUUGAUAGAGCUCCCGAGAAGAGCGGCACCAUCAUCGACCUUUGUGACGACGACCCGACCAAACAACCAGUAAAUGCUGACGUGUCCAUGCUGGAGGGGGAGAGGUCUCACAAGAAGUCAAAGAAAAGGAGGAAGACUGCUGACAGAAGUCCUGAAACUACUGAGACACACACGCUGAACAAGAAAGGUACCGCUUUGUUUGUCAGUGGGAUAAUACAGCUGCUGCAGUGUUUACUGUGCAUUAGAUGGAGCGAUUGUAAAGAGAGACAUCCACAGGCAUCAGAGAUGCAUUAUGGGAAGCAGGGCAGCGAGAUGCAGCUGCCCAUGUUGAAGGUUUCUGCUCCAGAGCUGGUGUCUGGAGUGUCGGGGGAGUCUGAGCAGAAGCUCCGGGAGCUGUUCGACCUCGCUGUGAGUUCAGCUCCGUGUAUCCUCUUCAUAGAUGAGAUCGACGCCAUCACCCCUAAAAGAGAGGUGGCCUCUAAAGACAUGGAGAGGAGGAUUGUGGCCCAGCUGCUAACCUGCAUGGAUGAUGUGAACAGUCUGGCAGUUCCGGCUCAGCUCCUGGUCAUCGGCGCCACCAACAGACCAGACUCCCUGGACCCCGCCCUCCGCAGGGCCGGCCGCUUCGACAGAGAGAUCUGCAUGGGUAUCCCAGACGAAGCGGCACGUCUCAGGAUCUUGAGGACGUUAUGUCGAAAGCUGACGCUGCCAGAGGACUUUGAUUACCAGCAGCUGGCCCGACUCACCCCGGGCUACGUGGGUGCUGACCUCAUGGCUUUGUGCCGCGAAGCUGCCAUGAGUGCCGUAAACAGGGUGCUGCUGGAAACGAGGGGGCCUCCACACAGCCAAAGCCAGACGUCUGCUAAAGAACCGUCAGCUGGUGGAGCUCCAACUUCGACAGACGUCACGUCAGAACAACAACAAGCGGCCGACGCCAACCCCGCCCCUCAGGAAGAGCCGGGACAGAAUCAUCAGCAGCAGGGGGAGCUGUGGAGCGUGCUGUGCCUGCUGAAGAGCACAGAGACCCUAUCAGAGGAGAAGCUGGCUGGCUUGUCCAUUCUCAUGUCAGACUUCCAGCUCUCUCUGGCUAGUGUGCAGCCCUCAGCUAAGAGGGAAGGAUUUGCCACAGUGCCUGAUGUCACCUGGGAAGAUGUGGGAGCGCUGCAGGAUGUCCGAGAGGAGCUCACCAUGGCUAUACUGGCUCCAGUGCGUUCUCCAGAGCAGUUCAGAGCUCUGGGGCUGAGUGCUCCGUCUGGGGUGCUGCUGGCUGGACCUCCAGGAUGUGGAAAAACCCUGCUGGCCAAGGCCGUGGCCAACGAGUCAGGCCUCAACUUCAUCUCUGUCAAAGGACCAGAGCUGCUCAACAUGUAUGUGGGCGAGAGCGAGCGGGCUGUCAGACAGGUCUUCCAGAGAGGGCGCAACUCUGCUCCUUGUGUGAUCUUCUUUGACGAGAUCGACGCACUGUGUCCACGCCGCUCAGGCCACGAGUCAGGAGCCAGUGUGCGGGUCGUCAACCAGCUGCUUACAGAGAUGGACGGCUUGGAGAGUCGACGGCAGGUCUUCAUCAUGGCUGCCACUAACAGACCAGACAUCAUCGACCCUGCUGUACUGAGACCAGGCCGUCUGGAUAAAACCUUGUAUGUGGGUCUGCCACCACCAGCAGACCGCCGCACCAUCCUGCAUACAAUCACUAAAGGGGGGACCAGACCUCAGCUGGAGCAGGACGUCAGCCUUGAAGAGAUUGCACUAGAUCAGCGCUGCGAUGGCUUCAGUGGAGCUGACCUGACUGCAUUGGUGAGGGAGGCGUCUCUCAAUGCCCUGAGGACCUACCUGAAGUCCCAGCCUUCCUCGGCUGCAUCUCCUGGCCGCACACAUUCGUCUGGCUCUGCUGCUGACAUCAGAGUGAGCAAGCACAACUUUGAGGAUGCCUUCGGGAAGGUCCGACCGUCUGUGUCCACAAAGGACCAGAGGAUUUAUGAGCAGCUGAGAGAGUCCCUCAGAUGACUGCCAGACCAAGAAAACAUCAGCAUCAGCCCCACUCACAAGUGAUUGACUAAUAUUGUAGUGUAUAUACAGGUAUAAUACUUUUCUAUUAAAGUUGGACAGACGCGACUUGCGUGUGUUCUUUC